AUGAACAAUGCAUGGCUGGUUGGCAUAAAAUCCGAGACUGCUGGCAGCUGUUACAUAUCCACCACAUUCAGUCGGAAAAUCACUCAAGUAUAUGGUUUUUAUGAUGAAUGUCUGAGGAAGUAUGGAAAUGCCAAUGUUUGGAAGAUAUUCACUGACCUGUUUGACUAUUUCCCUCUGACUGCGCUGGUUGAAUCAGAGAUCUUCUGUCUGCAUGGUGGAUUGUCCCCUUCUGUUGAAACCCUUGAUAAUAUAAGGAACUUUGAUCGUGUUCAAGAAGUUCCACAUGAGGGUCCAAUGUGCGACCUUUUGUGGUCUGAUCCUGAUGAUCGAUGUGGUUGGGGUAUCUCGCCUCGUGGUGCUGGAUACACUUUUGGCCAGGACAUAUCUGAGCAAUUCAACCACACCAACAAUCUGAAAUUAAUUGCAAGAGCUCAUCAGCUGGUUAUGGAAGGAUAUAACUGGGCCCAUGAACAAAAGGUUGUCACUAUUUUUAGCGCACCAAACUACUGUUACCGGUGUGGAAAUAUGGCCUCCAUUUUGGAAGUUGAUGACUGCAGGGAGCAUACCUUCAUCCAGUUUGAACCAGCUCCAAGGAGAGGAGAACCGGAUGUUACCCGAAGGACGCCUGACUAUUUCUUGUAG